AACUGGUGCAUUCGCAUGGUGUUGAGCCCAUGGUUCGAGCGCAUCAGCAUCAUGGUUAUCUUGCUGAACUGCGUCACUCUGGGGAUGUACCAGCCCUGUGAGAACAUCGACUGCACCUCUGAGCGCUGUCAGAUUCUGCAGGCAUUUGAUGCAUUUAUCUACAUUUUCUUUGCAUUGGAGAUGGUGGUGAAGAUGGUGGCUCUGGGGAUCUUUGGCCGUCGCUGUUACCUCGGCGAUACUUGGAACAGACUGGACUUUUUCAUCGUCAUGGCAGGGAUGGUGGAAUACUCCCUUGAUCUCCAGAACAUCAACUUCUCUGCCAUCAGAACAGUGCGUGUACUCAGACCUCUCAAAGCCAUCAACAGAGUACCCAGCAUGCGUAUCCUGGUGAACUUGCUGCUGGACACCCUGCCCAUGCUGGGAAACGUGCUCCUGCUCUGUUUCUUUGUCUUCUUCAUUUUUGGCAUCAUUGGAGUGCAGCUGUGGGCUGGACUAUUGAGAAAUCGAUGUUACCCCGAGGAGAACUUCACCCUCACAUCUGGCAUCACCCUUCCCACCCCAUAUUAUCAGCCUGAGGAGGAUGACGAGCGGCCCUUCAUCUGCUCGCUGGCUCAGGAUAACGGCAUCAUGUCCUGCAACGAUGUGCCCACUCGACGAGAGGGUGGACGGGAGUGCUGUCUAGAUAAAGAGGAUGCGCUGCACCGUCAGGCCCUAGGACUCAGCGCGGAGCCACUUGUCAAUAGCAGUUCCUCCGCCAUGGGGCUCUGUGUGAACUGGAACCAGUACUACACCCGCUGUCACACCGGACACAGCAACCCACAUAAAGGGGCAAUCAACUUUGACAACAUUGGCUACGCCUGGAUUGUAAUAUUCCAGGUGAUCACGCUGGAGGGCUGGGUGGAAAUCAUGUACUAUGUCAUGGAUGCUCAUUCCUUCUACAACUUCAUCUACUUUAUAUUCCUCAUUAUCAUUGGCUCUUUCUUCAUGAUUAAUCUGUGCCUGGUGGUCAUUGCCACUCAGUUCUCAGAGACCAAGCAGCGAGAACAUCAGCUGAUGCAGGAGCAACGAGCUCGCUAUCUGUCCUCCAGCACGCUGGCAUCUCUCGCUGAGCCCGGAGACUGCUACGAAGAGCUCUUCCAGCUGGUCUGCCACAUCCUGCGCAAGGCCCGCCGCCGCUCAGCUGCCCUUUACUACAUGCUCCGUGGUAAAGCACCUCCCCCUGGUGGAGGGAGGGGGCGUGGCAGGGGAGGGACAGGAUUGACUGGGACAGGAGCUAAUGUGAAUGGAGGUGACAGACACCACUGCCCCUCAGCUCCGAUGUCUCGCUGUAUUCACGACAACAAGCAAGACAACAGCUCCCAAACUCUAGAGAACAUAAUUUCCCUGUCUGUCACUCCAAACCCAGAGGACUGCCCUCAGUGUGCCUUGGCCCUGUCACUCAAAGAGGGGGCUGGGUCAGCGGUCCAUUCAGCCAAUGGGGAGGAAGAGGAAGGCACCUUAGAGGAGACUGAGAGGGACUUGAACCACUUGGAUGAGAGAGGCGAGGAGGACAAUGAAAAUACUCAAAAAAGAAAACGCACAUGUUUUGGGAAAUGUAAGGAUGUCUGGGAUGAAAUGCGAGUGAAGCUUUGGGGGAUCGUUGAAAGCAAGUACUUCAACAGAGGGAUUAUGAUUGCCAUCCUCAUCAAUACUAUCAGCAUGGGCAUCGAGCACCAUAACCAGCCUGAUGAGCUGACUAAUGUCCUGGAGAUCUGUAACAUAGUGUUCACCAGCAUGUUCACUCUGGAAAUGAUCCUCAAGCUCACUGCCUUUGGCUUCUUUGAGUAUCUGAGAAACCCCUACAACAUCUUUGAUGGCAUUAUUGUGAUCAUCAGUGUGUGUGAGAUCAUUGGACAGUCUGAUGGAGGUCUGUCCGUCCUGAGGACUUUCAGGCUGCUGAGGGUCAUUAAGCUGGUGCGGUUCAUGCCAGCUCUGCGCAGACAGCUGGUGGUCCUGAUGAAGACUAUGGACAAUGUGGCCACUUUCUGCAUGUUACUAAUGCUUUUCAUCUUCAUAUUCAGUAUUCUGGGAAUGCACAUAUUUGGCUGCAAGUUCAGCCUGAAGACAGAGGCUGGGGACACGGUACCUGACAGAAAAAACUUUGACUCCCUGCUUUGGGCCAUUGUUACUGUGUUUCAGAUCCUAACUCAGGAGGAUUGGAACAUGGUUCUGUAUAAUGGCAUGGCCUCCACCUCCCCUCUGGCAGCCCUGUAUUUCGUCGCCCUCAUGACCUUUGGGAACUAUGUUCUGUUCAAUCUGCUUGUUGCCAUCUUAGUGGAAGGAUUUCAGGCAGAGGGUGAUGCUAACCGCUCCUACUCAGAUGACGACAGAUCCUCUUGUAACUUAGAAGAAAUAGAGAAAAAGGACUCGCUCCAGUUAUCAGAUCCCAAGAUUUCUACUCUGACCCCUAAUGGGCAUCUGGAUUUGGCACCUGCACCCAACACCAUGGGCAUGUUCCCAUCUGAAAGGUUGAGCUUUGCCCUGGGUUCUCGCAAGAGCAGCGAGAGCUCCCUGGGCAGGGUCAGCCUGGAGCAGACAACUUUGUGUCCUGGACGAGUCUCUUUGUACCACAAUUGGGGACAGCCUGCACGGCAAGGUGUAUGGAGUCGCAGGUCAAGUUGGAACAGCCUGGGUCAGUCCUCCAGAUGCCUGGGAAUGGAGAUGGGGGGAGGAGGGGGCAGUUUAAGGGUUCGUAGCCCUCAUUCCCACCCUGCUGAGCAGGAGUCCCUGCUGUCUCCUCUGCCCCCUCCCCUGCUUCCUCAUUUGCUCUCUAGACGCUUCGUCCCACACAGAGAACGGCGGGCACUCUCUCUGGAGCUCCCAGAGCUGCUGCAGGUGCCCGGGCAGGUCUUGCCUCCUCUGCUCCCUCGGCAGGGCAAGAAAAGUUUCUCCGGGGGUCUAGGAUGUGUUGGGGAGCACCAGAACUGUAAUGGGAAGACAUCCUCAGUUCAGCCACAGAUCAUCAAGGAAGUCUACCCUCAGGUCAACACACGCAAGGACAGGGAAGAUUUGGACGAUGAGCUUGAUUAUAGUCUUUGUUUCCGGAUCCAGAAGAUGUUAGAGGUGUACAGACCAGACUGGUGUGAGACCAGAGAAGACUGGUCCGUCUUCCUCUUCUCUCCUCAAAACAAGUUCCGAUUGCUGUGCCAGUCCAUUAUAGCCCAUAAGCUAUUUGACUAUGUGGUGCUGGUGUUCAUCUUCUCAAACUGCAUCACUGUGGCUUUGGAGAGACCCAAAAUCCUUCAGGGUAGCCUGGAGAGGCUUUUUCUCACAGUGUCCAAUUACAUUUUCACAGCCAUAUUUGUGGGGGAGAUGACUCUCAAGGUGGUGUCAAUGGGUUUGUAUAUAGGAGAGCAGGCGUACUUGCGCAGCAGUUGGAACAUUCUGGAUGGUUUUCUGGUGUUUGUGUCUUUGAUUGACAUUGUCGUGUCGAUGGCAGGCGGGGCUAAGAUUCUUGGGGUGCUCAGGGUUCUCAGGCUUCUGCGCACAUUGCGCCCCCUCAGGGUUAUCAGUCGAGCUCCUGGCCUCAAGCUGGUCGUGGAGACUUUGAUCACCUCUCUGAAGCCUAUAGGAAACAUAGUUCUCAUCUGCUGUGCCUUUUUCAUCAUCUUCGGCAUCCUGGGAGUCCAGCUUUUCAAAGGCAAAUUCUACUACUGCCUGGGCCUGGAUGUCAAAAACAUCACCAACAAGUCUGACUGCCUCUUGGCCAAUUACAAGUGGGUCCAUCACAAGUACAACUUUGACAACUUGGGGCAGGCUCUGAUGUCCCUGUUUGUGCUGGCUUCGAAGGACGGCUGGGUGAAUAUCAUGUAUCACGGUCUGGAUGCGGUGGGAGUGGACCAGCAGCCAUCAACCAAUAACAACCCCUGGAUGCUGCUGUACUUCAUCUCCUUCCUGCUGAUUGUCAGUUUCUUCGUGCUGAACAUGUUUGUGGGUGUGGUGGUGGAGAACUUCCACAAGUGCCGACAGCACCAGGAGGUGGAGGAGGCCAAGAGGAGGGAGGAGAAGAGACUGAGGCGCAUGGAGAAGAAGAGACGGAAGGCCCAGAAGUUGCCCUACUAUGCCAGUUACAGUCAUGUGCGACUGAUGAUCCACACCCUGUGCACCAGUCACUACCUGGACAUCUUCAUCACCUUCAUCAUCUGUGUGAAUGUUGUGACUAUGUCACUGGAGCACUACAGCCAGCCUCAUUCUCUAGAGAUUGCUCUCAAGUACUGUAAUUACUUCUUCACCAGCACCUUUGUGCUAGAGGCUGUCCUGAAGCUCAUCGCAUUCGGCUUCCGACGUUUCUUCAAAGACAGGUGGAACCAGCUGGAUUUGGCUAUAGUUCUACUGUCAGUCAUGGGCAUCAUACUGGAGGAGAUUGAGAUCAGUGCAGCCCUUCCAAUCAACCCCACCAUCAUACGCAUCAUGAGAGUCCUGCGCAUCGCCCGUGUAUUAAAGCUGUUAAAGAUGGCCACAGGAAUGAGAGCUCUGCUGGAUACGGUAGUUCAAGCCCUGCCACAGGUGGGAAACCUUGGUCUCCUCUUCAUGCUACUGUUCUUCAUUUAUGCUGCUCUUGGGGUGGAAUUGUUUGGAGAACUAGUGUGCAACGAGGACUACCCCUGUGAAGGCAUGAGUCGUCACGCCACCUUUGAGAACUUCGGCAUGGCGUUCCUCACACUCUUCCAGGUCUCCACUGGUGAUAACUGGAAUGGUAUAAUGAAGGACACUCUUCGGGAAUGCCCACUGGGCGAAUAUACCUGUAAUCCCAGCCUACAAUUCAUUUCUCCGAUGUACUUUGUUAGCUUUGUGCUGACAGCCCAGUUUGUUCUCAUCAACGUGGUCGUGGCAGUGCUGAUGAAACACCUGGACGACUCAAACAAAGAAGCCCAGGAGGAGGCAGAGAUGGAUGCAGAGAUUGAACUGGAGAUUGCCCAGGGAACGCUCUGCUGUAUCGGAGGGGUAGGAGGAGGAGGGUCUGGAGUCGAGAGGAGUGUGGGGGGGCAUCAGGGAGCUGGACCAAGCUCUACUGUUCCAACUCACUCCCCCAUGACACACCCAGGGGCCCAUGAGUCCAACAGUGCCAGGAAACUCUACUCCCCAGCACAGGAGAAUCUGUGGCUGGACAGUGUCUCUCUGCUCAUUAAAGACUCCUUUGAAGGAGAGAUGCUGAUGAUUGACAACCUCUCUGGCUCAGUCUUCCAUCAUUACUCCUCCCCACUUGUCUGCAAAGACUGCAGGAGUCAUCCGCAAGAGCAGAUCCACAUGGCUGAACUGGAGCAGGCAUCUCUGAGGUCGGAGCAGCUCUCAGAUAAGUCAUCCUCUCCAGCACUACCUGAUGACCUCAGUCUGGAUGAGCAGAGUGUCUACCAGAUGGCUGCCAAGGAAAGGGGCUAUGAUGAUUGCCUAAACUCAGAAGGUCAUAGCAGGUUGCAACAAUCCUCUCAGGUUCACAUCACUGGGGCAGAAGAAGGGACAGCAGGGCAUGGGGCUGCUUCUCCAAAUCAGCUUCACAACACACCUGCUCGCCACAGUAUAGGUGGACUUCCCUGUACUAGCAGUAAUCAGGAGGACACAGACGUUCCUGGAGGUUUGUGCAGAUCUAUAUCUCCCAUUCAUCUCCCUGCUCAAUUCUUCAAUCCAGCAGCCCUCCCUGCACCCUCAAGGGGCCAACCAGGACACAAACCAAGAGGGCUCAGGCUUACUUCCCCAGACUCAUGGGCUUCUCUGCGCUCUCCUGGAGCUAAUACCAGACUUCUCACCACACAGUAUUCUUCUUACAGUGACUCCUCACUGGCUACGGGCAGCUCGGAGAGCAGCCUUCCAACGACCAUGGAAGAACGGCACAGUUUCAUUGUAUCGGCCCCUCAAAACUCUGAGCUCCCCGUGACCCUCUUGGACACACUCCUUGAUGAGAGCACCACUUUCUCAAAAGAGACCCUGAGACCCAGUCCUCCAGCUGCACAGAAACUCCAUACCACCAGGGGACACCAGCGCAGCAAGAGCAGCUGUGGCACCACUGAUGAGAAUAUAGGGAUGGUACGGUGCAGCUCAAAUCAGACCUGCGACAGCCAACAGCUCACAGAGACGCAGAGUAGUCUAUCACUCACAUCACUGCAUCUGCCCAGCUCUCUUGUGCUCCCAUCUGUGAAAAAGUGCAACAGCACUGGCAGCUUAGACCAGGGCACUCUCACAACCCAAGAAAAGGAGGGAAGACCAAUUUUUGCACAAGAGCCACAGGGUAGUCUUGCAAGCUCAUGUAAAGAAGGGGAGAAAGAGGGAAGAGAGGGACUGUCGGAAGCAACACAGGAAAAAGGCGGGGAAAGUACAAGCCAAAUAACAAUUGUGGGCUCCAGAAAAAAUAGAUGAAACUCUCUACCUGGUGUUAGUUAUUUCCAAGGCUUACUACUCUAUCCCUCUGUUUUGUUUAGGUUUUUUCAGGGAGGAGUUUGACAUGUGGCACUCUCUCGAAAAAAAAAUUCUCUAAUUUCCUGUUUUGAUUUGUGACCUGUUAACAUUUUGUAUUUGCUCUUGGCACUGGUUUUAGGACUGUAGAGAAACUGAAUGGUGGAAAUUAAGAGAAGCAGUUCAGCCCCUCAGUGCAUGAUUAGUGACUGAAGGGACUGUUCAAACAGCUGUUUGUGCAACCUAAAGGAUGACAGAGAGACAAUAUGCUGUACAGGCAAAGCUACAGGCAAAGUCAGUAUGCUGGAUUCAGUGAGAGAUUGGGUGCUUUUUGUGGAUUAGUUUAAAAGAUAAAUCAAAGAAGUUCAAAAGUAUAUAGAUUAACUCAAAAGAUGAAGACAGUAGGCUUUUCUAAAAAAAAAAUAGGUUGAUGCCAGGUUUAAUGAUUACAUGUAGUUAAAUUACAAAGAGGGGUUUAGGAUGUUAACUUUUUUAGUAUACACAUUUUUAUAUAGGUAAUGCGUUCAAAUGUCAGUUUGUUUUGUUUGUGUUUGUUAGUCUUUAUUUAGUUGAGGAGAGAUAGAUUGAUCUUUCUAUCUGUCUAGUCAUUUAUUUAUUUAUGUUUAGAUUUAUUUAUAUAUAUAUAUUAAUUUGAUAUUAUAUUUCAUUCAGGGGCAAAUGUAGAAUUAUGUAAUCUCCUACCAUUUGCAUUAGGAGACCAAGAAAAUACAGUCAAAGGGACAAAUAACAUUACUUUGCAUGAUGGAGUCCAAUUGAACAAAUUUAAAACCACAUGAAGAUGUCAAUGCUGGAUGAUAGCAGUAAGAUUUUUACUCAUAUAUUUUUUUAUCUAUAUGCUCUGGAUUAAGGAAUAGGUGAUACACGUGUUGUGGUCACUUUGUCCUCCCCACAACCCAAAACGUUUCUCUAUGUGACUUUAUUCCGUGCAAGUGGCUUCCAUUUUUAUAAUUUUGGUUAGGUGGAGGGGACUUUUGUAUGCUUGGAUGAACAGGACCAAGCUAAAAUAAAUAAAUAAAUAAAAAAUGAAGAAACAACCUGAGACUGUGGAUUACAUUUACUCUUGGAAUUUUUCUUGGAUUAAAAACAGCCAGACACAAAGGAUUAUGAACAAGCCAUGGGAUCUAUAAGUUUCUACAAGGACCCGGGAGCUUCUACUGUGUUUUGUUCCUUGGAUGGCAUGUCAGAUGAGGAAAAUGCAAGACGGUGAUGGUUAACUUUGAUUUUGACAUAAAUAGGUUGAUUGGAUUUGCAGCAGAAUCAAUUAUUUAGACAUUAAUUUUCUUUAGCAUGGUUACCAGACUGCAGUAGGAAACAUCUUAUUUAUUACUCCUACUCUUUACAAACUUCACUCGUUAUUCCAUCUAGCUUGGACUCAAUUGGUUAAUUUUUCAUGUGCAAAUGGAGCAUCUUUAAAAAAAAAAGAAUGUAGCUAUGACACUCCAAAUAUUCAAGAUGAAGUCUUAAGUAUCCCUGAUGUGUUUUAAUUUUAUAAAAUCCUGUUGAUGAACUUCAUUGUCAUUUGAUUGAUAGUGAUCGUCUAUCCAUAGAGUGGGGAUCUUUGUACAUUACAUCAGUUGUGUUGUGGUUAAAGGGAUAGUUAAACUAAAAAAUUAAAAUGUUUUCAUCAUUUACUCACCCUCAAGCCAUCCCAGAUGUGUAUGACUUUCAUUCUUUUGCGGAACACAAACAAAGA